ACCACUUCUACCGCGCCGUACCACUCGACGUCCUGCCACCAUGGCUGCGCCUCCGCCAUCGUCCUCAUGCAAAGUGGUGCUGGCGGGCUCAAUCGCGAAGAGCUUGCUGGCAGAAGUCGGCGAGGGUAUCAAGGCAAUAGAGCGUGCUCCACGCUUGCAUGGUUUCCUCGCCAAUGCCGACCCGGCCGCUCGUAUGUACGCUGACUGGACGGCGAAGACAUGCAAGGAGAAUGGUGUCGACUUUGUCCUGAGAGAAGUCGAUCGCGAAGACCUCGAGGAUGAGAUACGACAAGCCAACACGGACGACUCCGUCGACGGCAUGAUCGUCUACUACCCAGUGUUCGACUCGAGAAGAGACCAGACCCUACAAUGGACCGUCAGCAUGUACAAGGAUGUCGAAGGCCUUUCACCACAACUCAUCAGCAACAUGUAUCAGAACAUUCGAUUCUUGGAUCCUCCCCACAACAGCAUCAAAUCGAUCCUUCCUUGCACGCCUCUCGCCGUCAUCAAGAUCCUUGAACACCUGCAGAUCUACAACAGCUUCCUUGAUUACGGCAAGCGACUUUUCGGAAGGCGCAUCACCGUGAUCAACCGGAGCGAAGUCGUCGGUCGACCGUUGGCGGCAUUGCUAGCCAACGAUGGCGCAGAAGUCUACAGCGUCGAUGUGACUGGUGUCCAACAAUUCAGCAGAGGCACUGGACUGAAGAAGAUCAAGCACGAAUCGCGCGACAUGGAAGGCUGGACUCUUGAACAAUGCUUGCCCAUCAGCGACGUGGUGAUCAGUGGUGUGCCAGGAGAUUCCUUCAAAGUGCCAACAAAUCUCGUCCGAGAAGGUGCAGUCUGCGUCAACUUCUCUAGCGAAAAGAACUUCAACCCGGACAUCAAGGAAAAAGCCUCGAUAUACGUACCUGCGAUUGGCAAGGUGACCAUCGUCGUGCUCCUUCGUAACCUUUUGCGACUUGCACAAAACACACCACAAGCGAACGGGUUACUGUAA